CGAUAAAGAACUAUACAGCCACGAAGGUAGGACAGCGUCGCGGGUACCGCGGUUAAGGUAGUCGAUCAGCGAGUAGUCGCUGAGAACAACCACCCGAGAGACCGGUGGAUCAGUGGUGGCCGAGAGCUGCGGGCUCCUUAGACGACCCUCUUGGACGAGCGAAGAGAUCAUCGUCAUUGCUCGAGAAAGAGGGAAUCGCCAGCACGUCUGAGCUGGUGGCCACCUUAGAGCAGUCUCCCUGAAAACACGGGAGACGUUGACCAACACUUUGGGUCGGGAACACCGUUCCAGUUCGAUCGCCGGUUCGUUCGUCACGUAUCGCAUGUGUUGAAAGAGUGCUCGCCGAGAAAGAGAGAGAAAGAAAGAGAGAGAGAAAGAAAAAAGAAAGAGAGUCGAAUUGGCGGUUUUGCCAACCCUGACUCGUGCUCGUCGCCACUCCUCGUCCCAAGCGACCGUGAGUCGUCGUGCAAAGUCCCAGCGACGGUGGAGCGCGUGGUAGAAGAAUGCGUGACAGAUUCGCGAUAACGUGGAUAAGUUCCGCGAUCGUCGGGCUCCUGCUGCUGGUAACGGUCUGCUGCAACGGAUUGCAGUACCAGCCUCUCGACGCUUAUGUAAACGGCGAGGACUGCGCCUUGAUCCUGGACUCACGUGGAAGAACCAGCGUUUACGACUACACCUAUAAUUUGCUGCGCGGAUCGUUCCCCGCCGCAGGAGGAGCCACCCAGACCUGCAUCACGUACGACGCCGUAAAUCAUGCCUACGUCGAGGCGAGAAAGCGCAUCAACGUCGCGAGACCAAAGGCGGAGAUGUGGCGGCCGGAGGAUCUGGCGACGGUUGGCGAGCUGCUCCUCGACAUCACCACAAAUCUCGCGCAAACAUAUGGACUGACCUAUGAGGAAAUCGAGAAAAGUCUUCCACUGAUCGACACCUCGAAGACGUUCAUUCGCGAAGUCUGCCCCGCUUUCCUCAGCAACGUGGAGUGCCGGCCGGGGAAGUACCGGCGCUACGAUGGUCUCUGCACGAAUCUGCAGAAUCCAACUUGGGGAGCCUCUCUGUCGCCUUUCGCAAGAUUGAUGAGCCCCCAAUUCGCGGACGGCCUAACGGCGCCGAGGAUAUCCAUAACAGGUCAUAACCUACCGCUGUCGCGAAUCGUGUCGCGCACCAUGCAUCCUGACGAAGGUUACCACGACCACGCCGGCACGGUGAUGGUAAUCGCAUGGGGGCAGUUCAUGGACCACGAUUACACUCUGACCGCGACGCCUUUAGAUCCUCUGAACCGAAACGACCCGGAGGAAUGUUGUUCCCGGCCGCCUCACCUGAAGAAUCCGUACUGCAACGAAAUCCUCAUACCGGAGGACGAUUACUUCUACCGGCUAUUCAACGUUCGUUGCAUGGACUUCGUCCGCGCUUUUCCCGCUGUUCGACCCGGCUGUCGCCUCGGCUCUCGGGUGCCUUUCAAUCUUCUCACGGGUGUGCUGGACGGUAACACGGUUUACGGCAUUACGGAAGCUUUCGCUAGGAAACUUCGCACAGGCUACGGCGGAUUGCUGCGGAUGAACCCGGUCUUCGCGGAGUACGGUCUGAAGGAUCUGCUGCCACUGAAGCUGGACAUACCGGACGAAGGGUGCACUCGACCGAACCGAACGAUGUAUUGCUUCGAAGCCGGUGAGAUUCGAGUGAACGAGCAGCUAGUAUUGACCUGCAUGCAUACGUUGAUGGCGCGAGAGCAUAACCGGCUCGCUAAAGCGCUGGCACUCGUCAAUCCGCACUGGGACGAUGAGAUUCUCUUCCAGGAAGCUAGGCGCAUCGUCAUCGCGGAAAUACAACACAUCACCUAUAACGAGUUCCUACCGAUAUUACUCGGCAAAGACGUUAUGGAGAAAUUCGGUCUUCUCCUCGAGAAAGAGAAAUACUGGGACGGAUAUGACCCGAGCAUCAAUCCCGGCGUAAUAGAUGCUUUCGCAGCCGCCGCUUUUCGAUUCGGCCACUCGCUACUGCCUACAGCUGUGGAACGAUGGAGUAAGGCGCACAAAUUCAUCGCUUCCAAAAGACUGUCGGACCUGAUAAGACGUCCUUACGAUCUAUAUCGCGCCGGUGUAUUCGAUGAAUAUUUUAUGGGCCUGAUGAAUCAAGUCGCUCAAGCGAUGGACGAUUCGAUAACGCAAGAAGUAACGAAUCAUCUGUUCAAGAAAGUGGGAGCGAAAUUCGGAAUGGACUUGGUGUCCUUUAACAUGCAGCGUGGUCGCGAGUUCGGUAUUCCUAGUUAUAUGGAAUUCAGGAAGUACUGCGGCCUGCCAGGAGCGGACAGCUUCGAGGAGCUGUUCGGCUCCAUGCCGAACGAGACGAUCAGACGAUACAGCACUAUUUUCGAACAUCCCGCAGACGUCGAUUUAUGGUCAGGCGGUGUAUCCGAGAGACCGCUUCCGGGUAGCAUGCUCGGGCCAACCUUCGCCUGCGUGAUCGCCACGCAGUUCAGUCAUUCACGUCGCGGCGACAGAUUCUGGUACGAGUUGUCGAACCAGCCAUCGUCCUUCACUCUUGAACAACUGAACGAGAUCCGAAAGACAAAGCUCGCCCGAGUGAUCUGCGAUAACACUGAUCUCAUCGACACGAUACAGAUCUAUCCCAUGGUACUUCCUGAUCACGAUAUAAAUCCUCGGGUCCCGUGUCGAACCCAGAUUCUACCCAGCAUCGACUUGUCGAAAUGGGCUGAUUUUCCGACGACGAGUCAUAGUGCACAAUACCAAUGGGUGGAGGAGCAAUUGCUUGACGUGCUGGGACAGCCGGUGAAACCGGCGAUGGUACGGGAGCACUACGACAGGCAGCAAGCUUACCGAAUCUUCUUUGAGAAUAUUAACGGCAUUGCUUCGUAUCUGGGCUUCACGAGAAAUCUAAAAUUGCACGACAACGAUUUGUCGUUUUUUUAUCUUAAAUCGCUAAUUUUCCAGGAUACCACGACGAAAAAAUCUGCACAAGCCGCAUCAGAAAUUAAACCCGUAAUGCAGCCGGCAUACAUUAGCAAAUUCUUUGGUAAGUUAAAGAUCUCGUCUGCGGGGAAGAACUCAAUGAGCAACAUAGAAAAGAAACUGAGCGAGCCUUGGUGGACGCCUCCACAGUCUGUUGAACGGAAGAAACUCAGACGACACAUGGAAGAAUCCAAUCAAGAAACAUCACAGCAGCCGAAAAGAUCUCUGAAUCAACAAACUUCCUUGCAAUUCCUUGCAAAUAGAUUGUCUCCUAGAGCCGAAGAAAAUCAAAAUUCAAAUCUAGAUCUUGAUGUGGACGCGAUUAAAAUUACAACGAUCAUCGAGACCAUUCGACGAAAAGUGCAACGAAGCGCUCGGACAGCAGAAGAAGCAAACGAUAUCUGGGGAACAAUCGCGAAGAUACGCUCGAGACGCUCAUUACGUGAAUCAGAGAAUGAUGACGCGAAGGCGACUGAUGGUGCGAGGUACGAUCAAGAUCGACGGGAAGGAUUUUUCCCGAAGACAAAACGCGCAGCCGACGCACGCGAUCUCAAAACGGCGAGUAGCGCCUCCAUACCGAGCACAGUGUUUUACAAACGCAUUUGGGAGUACAUCAACGGUACACGAUCUCACUCCGACCUUACCAGCGGUUACAGCGCCUUGGAAAAUAACUCCAACAAAACAGACAAUUCAACAUGCACCAAGCAAGAUCCGAUCGUCGUCUCGCAGUCGCGGAAAGGCGAGAUCAAAGCAGUGAGUCCCACCAUAAAAGCAGGACGAGAAUUGUACAAACGCAUCUGGGACAUCAUCAACGCGACCUCGGCAUCUCAUCAGGCAAGCCAUGAGAAAGCGGUGGCUCGUCCCAAACGAGACGUGAAUUCCCCAGGUAACACUUUCGCGGCAGUUUCGGAUCGCUCAUGCGUGCAAGAUAAGAUAGCCGUUCGCGAAGAAGACCAGCCAACGCCAACGACGAUCAACGAAGAAGCUUGGCUCGGCCAAACGGACAUUACGCAAGAAGUACCCGCUCCUGACCUUUAUGAAUCAAGAUUUAAGGCUGUCGCGAAUAAAACAGCCGAAUGGCAGCCCAAAGCUGCGAUCCCGGCGGUGAACGUGACGAGCUUGAACGACUGGACUAUCCCAUUGCGAGCGAACGAAACGACCGAGACUGCCGACCUGAACCAACCUGAACCGCGUUCAGCGCAGAAUAACACCGAUGACUCGUCCGGUAACAGUUCGACGGUGGAAUACGCGGGCGAGGAAACGCGCGGGGACAAGCCGCAGAAUCUCACCGAGACUGGACCGCCAUAUCCUCCCGGGCGCGAAAAUUCCAGCGGCACGUCAUUUUCAUCCAGCGCGGAUACGAUCGAUAAGGCUUCGCGUGAAGAUGACCGAGCGCAAUACGUGGAACACAAUGAGACGGACAGUUCGUUGUAUGAUGCCUCGAAUAUACCUUACGUCGAGGUGCCUGAUUACUCCGACCAGCGGGAGGACACUCUGAACAAGAGUAACCCGGACGCGGUCGAGCUCAAAGAGUACGAUAAUGGCGAUUACGGCGAUUACGUCGAGCCCGAGAGCUCUUAUCGAGCGGGUGAUGCCGCCUCCAAGUCGCCGAGCGACGAGAUUCAAUUACUUCCGGGUAUUCCGGCGGGAAAUGACGGGCAGGGAAGCUCGUUGGACGCAAGCGCCUCGCGUUCGCGCUGCAUAGAAGGUCAGGAUUCUGCGGAAUGCGCGGGUAAGCGCCGCCAUUCAAAGGAUGCCACAAACAGCGACGCUCGGCGGCCACCGGAAGCGUCCGUGAAGCGCGAAGACGCCGCCGUCGACUUCGCGCCGAUUCACUUCGACAUAAACGAGUACAGAAAGCCGUUCAACCUGGACGAUCUUUUCAAGAAUGAUCCCGUUUUCAAGCAUACGUCCGCCAGCAAGGCGGAAACGAGGCACGAGGAUGAUGAGAGAAAUGCCGAUCGCGAAAACGGCACGAAGGAAUCUGAGAAAAGCGAUCGCAAUGACGAGUCGGAGGAAUCCGCAAGGGACGAUCGCAAGGACGAAUCCAGAAAACACGAACCUGCGUAUCCGAAAGCAGACUGGUACAAUUAUUUUGUGAGGAACGCGGACUUCCGCGACGGCUCCGAUGAAGCCACUUCCCAAGAAGACCAAAGCGGCGAGUCUCACGCGGAGGAGGAAGCGAAGAAUGGCGAGACGAUCAGCGGAAGUUACAAUUCUCACGACGACGAAGACUUCCUCAGGCACAUUUUCGGGAAGGAUAACGACGAAGAGUCGCAAUCCGACGUGGUCGAUCCGGAGAACGAAUUCUCGUCCCGCCACUUCACGGAGGACGUGCUGCGCCAGCUGCGCGAAAACUCAACGGCCACGGAAGAUAGGAGACGAAAGGAAUCGAGUAAUAGAGAGGACGUUCACAAAACAUUGUCGAGGAUCUUGGACAAGAAGGAUCGUUUCUCCAGAUUAGAUGAAAAUCUUGAUAAAAUGAUCGAAAAGGGUGAAGCAGUGCCAAUCCGAUACAACAAUUUCUGGAGCCUGGAAUACGAAUCGCCCCGAAGAAAAAAUAAUGAGGAGGAGAAGGAAGAGGAUAAGGAAGAGGAUAAGGAAGAGGAGAAAGAAGAUAAGGAAUACGAAUCGUCCCGUAGAAAAAAUAAUGAGGAGGAGAAGGAAGAGGAUAAGGAAGAGGAGACAGAAGAUAAGGAAGAGGAGAAAGAAGAAGAGGAAGAAGAGGAGGAAGCUUAGGCGCAUGUCUGUUAUCGCAUGUGUUUUCGCUUCAAAGCGAAAUGUAAUAUGCAAUUAACUGUACUUGUAAUUAUUAUGCUGUUAUUAUAUUGUGUAAUUAGAAAUCGAUUAUUGUGUAAUAGUAUUUAGUUUAUAGAAUCGCUAUAGUGCUCAAUAUCGUUGCGAUGUAAUUGAACGUUACUGAGAAUUAAAUAUUAAUUCUACACUGUUCUCAAUUGAUUUUACAUUUUCAUUUAAAUAGAUUAUAUCGUAUCAAUCAUAUCGUAUCAAUUAUACGAAUCAAAUAUACAAAAAUAAUUAUCACAAGGCGGGUAACGGGAAUAUCAUAAGCGAGUUUAAAGAAAAUUAGAUAUUUUUUUCAGAGAUACUAACACAAAUAGACACGUUCAAUUUUGCUUGUUUAAGGACAUUUUACUAGUACAGUCUCUGCAAAAAGUCAGAAACACGCUAAUAUUUCUAUUUUUCAAAACGUAUGAUGUAUGUUGUAUAUAGGGUGUCCGGUAACUCACAGAAUAGCUGCGAUUUAUAAAUUAAGUCAAACAGAACAAAAAAUUUCUCUACCAUUUUGCAAACAAGUAAAAUUAAAAGUAAAAUUUUGAAUUAUUAAUAAAAAAAUUCGUAAAUGAUACGCGCCAUAUGGUAGAUAAUCUGUGAUAGUGACGUUUAUUGCUGUAUGCUUGUAUAUUAUGCUUGUAUAUUAGGUAAAAUUGAACA